CGGAGCGUAAUUUUAAUUCGAAUCAAUUUGUUUGUCGCCGCCGCGGCCGCUGCACAGUGGGUCGCCGCCACAGUCCGGAGAGAGAGCUUGCAUUUGGGGGCUACUACCGCCAGGCAGGAUUUACAGGAUCCUUGCGGCCCGCUACUCUGCUCUUUUUUAUUCGUAUUUUUUUCCGAGUGUGUGCCGCGAGUGCCAUGCGAGUGACACCGCGGAGGUGACACCGCCGUUAAUCGAAUCGAAUCGAUCCCUGCGCAGCAUGGACCACCUGAUCAAGCAGCUCCAACUGGCAGCCGCUGCGCGGGCGCAGGCGCACAUUCACAGCUCGAUGGCGCCACAUUCGCAUUCACAUCCGCAUCCGCAUUCGCAUCCGCAUCCUCAUGCAGCAUCUGCCUUGCAGUUGUAUGCGGCAGCCGUCAAUAUGCGUGUGCCCGGUUGGCCACCAUUUUUGGGCCUGCCGCCCCCCAUGACGGACACGGAUGCCACUACCACGGCCGGCUCCGUGUCCACCAGUUCGUCCUCCGUUUACAUGCUACGCCAAAUGGCGCUCAUGCAGCGGGCCAAUGCAGCAGCAGCGGCAGCCGCCUUGCAACAGCAACAGCAACAGCACCAGCAGCCCCAUGAUCAGGAAUUCGCCAUCAAACUGGAGCAUCAGGAGGAGAGAACAUCCCAGCGAAAGGAUCAGGGAGCAUGCUCGAGGCAGCGAAUGCAUGUCAAUGAUGAAUCGCCCCACCAUCAGCCGUCCUCCGGCCAGGAGGAGGACGAGACGGCCAGCGAGGAGAGCAGCAAUGCACGCCACGAUCCGGAUCCCGAUCCCGAUCCCAGUCCGGAUGCCGAUGGUGAUGCCUCAAAGCGGCGACGGUGCCGCACCAACUUCAGCUCAUGGCAACUGGAGGAACUGGAGCGAGCCUUCCUCAGCAGCCACUAUCCGGACAUCUUCAUGCGCGAGGCCCUGGCCAUGCGACUGGACCUCAAGGAGGGACGGAUAGCGGUCUGGUUUCAGAAUCGUCGCGCCAAGUGGCGCAAGAAGGAGCACACAAAAAAGGGUCCCGGACGACCGGCGCACAAUGCCCAGCCGCAGAGCUGCAGUGGGGCACCCAUUCCGCUGUCCGAGCUGAGGGCCAGAGAGCGGGCGCAGCGGUGCAAGCGAAUGGGAAAGUCGAUCGAGAGGCAGGCGCGCAAGUUGCGACUGAAAGGAAUCGAAGUGAAUAUGGAGCGUUUGAGGGCCGACUAUCUAGCGGCCCACAAGGACGACUGGCAGGAGCUGGAACUGGGCCUGGGGCUGGGGCUGGAGCACGGCUACGAUGACGACGAGGCAGAGGAUGUUGAGGAGGGGCACGACGACGAGCUGCCCAUCGAUGUGGUGAGCGUGGGCAACAGUCAGGACAACUCGUACAGCUCCUCGAGGACCUACCAAAGGAGCAUCGGAAGCGAGCCCGACGAGCAUCGCAGCCGGGUUAUGAUCAAGCUGGAGCCAACACCAAAGGUGCCCCUCCCCUCCCAGCAUAAGGGUCUCUACAACUCCCCCUUCAGCAUCGAAUCCCUCUUGGGGACAUAACGAAUGUCGAUAUCCAUCGCAGAGUUCCGAGUAGUAGAUGGAGCGAAUAGAUUUGGAUUUGGUGACUAGCUAAAGACUUAAGUAUACAAUUUCCCCCCAUGACAGCCA